CUUCAUGAAAGAUGGUGUUUCUCGAGCUGUUUUCGAAUCAUUCAGAAAAAACAGGAAAAAAUGCAGCUUCUUUUGGGGCAAUGCAUUUUUCCUUUGCACUAAUUGGACUGGAGAAGUUGAUGGAUCGGGAAUUUUCCUGCCCAUGCGACCCUGGGUUUAACAUGGUGUUGAUCAGCUUCAUCUUUCUUGGACCUGCUCUUCUGGCUCUGACUAUGAUGACGUUCAUCCAAAGACCUUGCAGACGUUCACCUUCUCAUUGUGCUGGGCUCCUUUUAUUUAGUCUGAUUCCACCUUCAUUGUGGAUUUUUCUGUUGUUGUUUGAGGGUGAUUAUGUUGCAUGUGGCAUGACACACUGGGAAGGAGAUUACGUCUUGGAUGAAGACCUCCAGAUUAAAUGGUGCAAACCCACCGGAGUAAGGGACGGCAAAGCGAAUGGGACAGAAUUGCGAGACCUGACAGAAAACGUAAUUUUCUACUCAAGGUUUUCAUCUUUAGUUCUGCUCACAUUCCUUGCCGUCGUCAUCAUUGCUGCUGUAAGCUGUUGGGAUUGUAGAACAAGAUGCCAGGAGCAUCAGGAAAAGCGGGAUAAACCAACACAAUUAUCAGAGUCAUCCAUCUAUGGUUCAGAGGUUAAACUGCAGCGGUCUGUCUGAACUCAUCAGGGUGAUCUGCGUAUAAAUCCACCUGGAUUAAGACAAGAAACGACUUGAAUGAUGGGUCAUUUCUAGGGAGACGCCUGCUGUUUUGACUAAACUAUCUGGAUUUACUGCAUUUGUACCUGAUGAUUUUUUUGCUAGUGCAUCUCUAUAGUUUGCUGUAUUGUGUAUUGUAACUAUAUGAAGAGUUUAUUUGU